UGGUGAAGCAAGGAAAUCUGCAUCGAGAACCAGAAAUGGCGUAUCAGAGUUCCGCCUCCUUUGAUGCAGGGCUCGCAGACUUACCUUUCACAAUAUCGCCGGCCCUGCUUAGCUCGGCUCUUGUGUCAGCUAAUCGAGUGGAAACCCCGCUGAACAACGCUGAACAGUUCAUGGUAAUCAAAGACUAUCGUACAGCUGCCAUGCUAUAUACUGUGGCACUACGGCGCCUCGAAGCUGAUUCUUCCCCUGGAUUGGUCGCCGCUAUUCUAUGCAAGCGAGCUGAAUGUUUACUUCGCUUGAAUUACGUACAGCACGUUUUACGAGAUUGCAGAGAUGCUAAGAGCAAACUGGGAGGUGAAAACGAGCACAUAGCAUUUCUAUCUUCACAAGCUCUAGAGCUACAGGGAGAAGUGCAGAAGGCUUUUCUGCAUGCUGUCAUAUACAAGUCUCUUGAUCCUGAGGUAUUUAUCGAAAAUGCAACAUUUUAUGUGAAAUAA